UUAUAGACAUUUCAUCUCAAUCUCUGUAAUAAAAAAAAAACAGAAACUGACGACGGCGACGAAUAAGAAAAACAAGAACCCUAGUUUCACACAUCACUAAUGGUGUUCAGAAACUUAACAAUCUCUUACAAACUCAUCAAAAACCCAAAACCAUUACCAAACCACCAAACCAGAUGGAUCUCAAGCCUAAAAGUAGUCUGGAAAAAAGACACAAAACUAGACGAAGCCAUCGAGCAAGACAAGCGUUACAACCUCUGCGCUCGCGUCGUGAAAGAAGUCCUCAACGAGCCAGGCCAAGUCAUCUCCCUCAGAUACCUCGAGAAACGCCGCGAGAGGCUUCGUCUCAAUUUCAAAGCCAAGAGCUUCGUUGAAAUGAACCCUUCUCUCUUCGAGAUCUACUACGACCGGAUUAAACCGAAAUCGGAUCUCGUUCAAUUCAUCCGCCCCACGCCACGUCUCAGAGGUUUCCUCGACGAAGAGGAGAGGAUCUACUCGGAGAAUGAGAUGUUGAUCGUUGCUAAGCUUUGUAAGUUGCUGAUGAUGUCGAAAGAUAAAGUGAUUAGUGGUGAGAAAUUGGUUCAUGUGAAAAGAGAUUUUGGGUUUCCUAAUGAUUUUUUGGUUAAGUUGGUUAAGAAGUAUCCUAAUUAUUUCCGGUUAACCGGUUUAGUUGAUGGAGAUGGUAAGUCUUUUCUUGAGCUUGUUGAUUGGAACCCUAAUUUCGCCAAAUCGGUUAUCGAGCUUAGAGCUGAAGAAGAAACCGUUAGAACCGGUGUUCGUGUCCGUCCCAAUUUCGAUGUGAAGUUACCGUCUGGGUUUUUUUUGAGGAAAGAGAUGAGAGAGUGGAGUAGAGAUUGGUUAGAGGAAGAGUAUAUAUCUCCGUACGAGGAUGUUUCUCAUUUAGACCAAGCUUCUAAGGAGAUGGAGAAACGAACUGUUGGUGUUUUUCACGAGUUGCUGUCACUCUCGUUGUUGAAGAGAGUCCCUGUGCCUAUACUUGGCAAGUUUUGCGAUGAGUUUAGGUUUUCGAACGCGUUUUCGAGUGUUUUCACGAGGCAUUCGGGGAUAUUUUACUUGUCGUUGAAGGGUGGGAUCAAGACUGCGGUGUUGAGGGAAGCUUAUAAAGAUGAGGUGUUGGUAGAUAGGGAUCCUUUGUUGGCUAUUAAGGAGAAGUUUUUGGGGUUGUUGGAGGAAGGUUGGCAAGAGAGGAAAGAUAGAUUGAAGAAGCAGAGGGAGCAAGUUGAGAAAGAUAGGGAGAUUUUGUUAGCGGCUAAAAGUAAGGAACCAGAGGAGCGUCUCUGUGAUUAACUCAGCAGACAGGGCCUCUGUAAUGAGAUAUGUGUAAUCAUCCAUCCUACUCUGGUCUUUUCUCUAGACAUGCUUUCGCUGGCCUGCUUUGGUCAUUAAUGUGUCUGCUCUUGUGAAAUAAAAAAACUUCAUGGGAAAUGACAGUCAUUUGUCUUAAUUAUAGUCUGUCUGAUUAGUGAUUACACCUGAACACAUUUGUCUCAAUCAGAAGGAGCUGGAUUUAAGCUGAAUCGGUGUGAGUGACCAAAUGAUACAUAUUUUUCGCACUGUUAUUUGUGUAAAGUGGUUGCUAUACCUGUUUUAAAAAUAUCAUCUUUUCAGAUUUUAAUCAAGGAUCACCUUGGAUACUAGGAACAAUCAAAACUCAGUUACAGCACUUGUUUAACGAUCAAAGUUCUUUU